AGCGUUAGGUACUCCGCAUUGAGGACAUACGCUGUCACUACUGAUCUGCACGUUCCUUCUUUAUAACCAUUCCCAAAGUGAUUUUCCAUUGGCUCUUUGAACGUCUCGCGUGAUAGACGAAGUUCAGUUGACCGUGAAUAUUGAAUAGACAUAAAAAUGGAACCCAGAAGAUGGUCCUUACAAAUGAGUAACUUCCAGAGAAGCAGUGUUUCCUGACAGUUUGAUAUUAUUAACUUUGCUGAAGAAUACGGUAGAAGAUAAAAUUAAAAUGCUUCGUGGGACCUUCCUCGCCUUCUGUGUACUAUUUCCUGUUUUGGAGGGCGCCAAAAAACCACACAUACUCUUCAUUGUUGCAGACGAUUUGGGUUGGAAUGAUGUUGGGUGGCAUAAUCCGGAUAUCUAUACACCAAAUUUGGAUAAACUGGCGCACUCCGGCGUGAUAUUAAACUCCUCUUACGUUCACCCGAUAUGUACACCGUCAAGAAACAGUUUCCUGACCGGUGUCUACCCUUUUAGAGUCGGCUUAUCAGGUACUGCAAUCGAUCCUCGACAACCUCGCUUUAUGUCUCUGGAUACGCCAACUCUCCCAGAAAAACUCAAGAAACUAGGUUACUCCACGCAUAUGAUUGGAAAAUGGCACUUAGGAUUUUGCAAUGAGAACUACACACCAACUCGCCGUGGAUUUGAUUCAUUUUUAGGGUUCUAUGCAGGCGCGCAGGACUACUACAAGCACAUGAACGAUGGAGGGUAUGACUUCCGGUUUAAUAAGACUGUGUUUUAUCCACCUAAGAAGCAAUAUUCUACAAAAACUUACGCCAAAAGAGCUGUAGACAUAAUAAAAGAACACAAGAAGAAUAAAAACCCGCUGUUCCUCUACCUAGCUUUCCAGUCUGUUCACACUCCAUUACAGGUACCAAAGAAGUAUGAAAAAAGAUACCAACUUUUGAAAAACAAGGACAGAAAAAUAUUUUCUGGCAUGGUAACAGCAAUGGACGAUGCUGUGGGGGCUGUAAUGGCGGCCUUCAAAAAACACAAAUUUCUGGGUAACCUAGUGGUAGUCUUCACAACUGAUAAUGGUGGCGCAGCCCAUAUUGUAGGAAACAAUUUCCCCCUACGUGGAUCUAAGACAACCUUAUGGGAGGGUGGUACUAGGGCUGUGUCCUUCGUGUACAGCAAAAACCACCUGAAAAAGAAUGGAUACGUUCAUGAGGGAUUAUUCCAUUCAACUGACUGGUUCCCUACUCUUUUAGCAGCUGCGGGAGGAAAACCAAAAUUAGAAAAACAUAUCGAUGGUAUAAAUCAGUGGCCAAUGAUUAGAUCUGGUAAACCCUCACGGAGGACUGAAUUUGUCUACGAUAUUGACAAAUCACGACCUUCAUCAGCCAUUCGAAUGGGAGACUACAAACUAAUAGUCGGUAACCCUGGGGACUACAAUAGUUGGUACCGAGUGGCAGCGACCGAUAGCUUUUGUCCAAUCUAUGACAAAUAUGAAACAGAUAGCGACCAAGAUAUAUUUAUAUACGAAUCACUUAAUCGAAUGGUCAGGAAUGCUAAAGGAUAUGUUCGCUGGUUGACUGCCAAAAUUCCGGGGUUUAAUAUGGUGAGAAAAUGGCACAGAUAUAGACAGCUAAAGCGUUGUGAGAAGUUAAAGAAACAUGACAAAACAAAAUGGAUUUUCCCGAAAUACCUUCUUUAUAAUAUCAAAGAUGAUCCUUCAGAAAGGAAGAACAUAGCUGGAUACAAACCAAUGCUGGUGUUGAAAAUGAAAAAACGGUUAGAGCGAUAUCAAAGGAAAGCUGUGCCUCAACAAACUAAAAAGAAGGAUCCACGCGCGGAUCCAAAACGUUAUAACGGGGUGUGGACCCCUGGUUGGUGCAAAUAAAUAUGUAUAGAGACUCAGUUUUCUAUAUGCGACUUCCUGUCCCAGUAUAUUCACCGGUGAUUUGACUCACGCGGAUGGUGCUCGUCUAGACUUCGUUUGAAUCGGUGCUCAUUAUUUGUGAACAAUGUUCCGUGCACGUCUAAUUUUUUUUUUGAUUGUUUGUAUAUUGGAGGUAUUCAUCGGACGACAGGUGAAUUCAAGCCAAAAUACAUGGAUCUUGCCAGUUGUGUGUUUCAGAAGAAAGUGUGAACAAUUAAGGAAAGAAUAGAGUAUAAAACCUUUGAAUUCAUUAUGAAAUUAGCACGAAGCAUGAAUAGAAAUGUCUUAAACAUUUUGUGGUUAUAUAUCUGAUAUAACACGUACGACAUUGAAAACAUUGUCCGAAUUGAUCUACGAUUACAUGUAUCUAUACACAUGAAGCUAAAUAUCAUUGGUUCUAACAUGAGUGUAUGUGCGAUAUCCAUUGUGCCAUGUAUACUUCAUAUUUAAAUUGAAAUAUAUAUAUUAAAAAUGCUGUCUUUAUGAAUUGUAAGAUGUUUUUUACAUUAAAAAUGGAAAAUAA